GGAGGGGCGCCUUCUGAAGGUUGCUGUUCGCGGUGCUGAAUCCUGUCGCGACUGCAGGAGUGAAGUGGCGGACCCGAGACAUUGCUCCGCAAAUCUCCUACUUGAAUUCGCUGUUAUCUCAUCCAGCGAUUUUCGACCAUCUUUAUCGAAAACUGACAUUAUGAUGUUUUAGCAAAGGUGUGCAAUGGAUUAGUAAAGAGUAGCCUAAUGGAUUCACCGUGUUCCAUCUUCGCUGUGUUGUAUCUUUCCCAGUCUCUUUCAACUACCUUCGCUGACAGCAAAUAUGGUUGCCUGUUCGAGGAUGAGCUCUGUACACCUUACGAGUUCUGCGCUAAUGACGGAGUGUUUGGAAGAUGCCUGGAGUUACCCGGUGCGGACCUGUACACCUACGAUGCGUCAGCCUCUGCUCUACAGCGCCUCAGGACUCUCCUACAGAACUUGGCCCACAAAGGGUUGACAUGGCAGGAUGCCACCACCCAGCAUGUGAUCUCCAGAGAGCUGUCCAAGCUCCACAAGGUUCCCAUCCGAAGGCCCGAUCCCCCCUCUGCCUCCCUGACACGCUAUGGUGGAGACAGGAAGCUGAAGACGGGGGAGGUGAAACUUAGCAGGAGUAUCCAGAAGUACCUUCAAGAGCUGGGUCUCCUUCCCCAGUCUGUUGGCACUGCUCGCCAGGAGCUCCAACGAGAGGGGCCCCUCACUCAGAAUGAAGACUUACAACCAAAGAAGGGGAAGUCUACAUUCUACAAUCUGCAGUCUGCAGGUCCACCCCAGGGGGAUAAGGUCUUCACCCAGGGGGCUGUAGGGAGCUGGAGAUCCCCAGUAGAGACAGCCUACUCCAGCCAGGAGCCAGGGAGGGCCAGGUGGAGUGCCACGGGGCUGGCUGCCCAGCUUGAGCGCUACAUGGCUGGAGCAGCACACACCCAGAGCCGCCCAGUACCAGGAGCAGUGGUGGGAUCAGUGGUGGGACCCAAGGGGAAGCUCUACUCUGUCAGCUAUGUACGCCCUGGUGGUCAGGUAGAACCUCAGACACGACUUGGUGGCAGUGGCUCCAAACCUCCAAGGCCCAACAUAGACAGGCUUCUUUUCAAGGCUGCGUCCAACCAUCAGGUGCCCAAGGAGCAGCUCAGUACGGUGGAUGAGCGGUUCAUCCUGAACGUGGUCAACCAGCUGGGGAGGCAGAGAGUGAACAUGGAUGAUCUGAUGGGUAAAGACCUGAACCAGCUGGCAGACAUAAUCUCUGGUGCCCUGCAAGUGGUGGAUGAGGAGGGGCCCGAGGCCAGAGCCAAGCCCAGGCUCGUGGGACACAUACGGGACAGGCAGAUGAAGAGAGAGCCCCUGCAUUCCAUGGACCAGGAUGAGGAGGACCAAGAGGACUUGUUGGAGCAAGAUGCUAUGAGUCAAGGGAAACAAAUGGUGGAUGCAGACUCUGAGCCAAAUGACAAGGACCCAAUCUUAGUUAGUAAGCUCUUGGAGUACCUCAACAUGGACCCCUUCAGUGAUGCCCCUGAUGCCCAGCUGGAGGUUGGUGAUGCUGGUGGUGCUCCAGGCAACCCCUCCAUUGAGGGCCAGAGAACAGUGGGUCUGGAGAACGUAAGGAGCAGGACCACACAGGGCCAAGUGCCUGUACCACACCCCUGGGAGGAGAGGAGCAUGACUAUGGGAGGAGAGGAUGGAGCUCCAGACCAGCCAGAUGAUGGAACCUCAGACCAACCGGCGGAUGUCCAGGGUUCUGACUCCCUGGUAGACUCUGAGGUGGAGAGGUGGAUGUACGGUACGGAAGCUCCUUCUCCUCCGGCGGCUGAGACGGACCUCCUGGCAGAAGAACCACAGGAGAGAAAUCUCCUAGCAGAACCACAGAAGAAGGACAUUCGACUCCAGGAGGAGGUGGUACAUAUGGGAGUCAAAGCUUACUCAAAGUCACCGCAAGGGAAAGACCACCACAGCGACAUUGGCUACAUCAUUACAGACACAGACUCCCUCACCUCUGACCAGGGCUUGGACCUGAUGGAACGUCUGGGUCGGAGGGUCAACCUCCACUUGACCGACCUUCUCCACCUCUCAGUGCUGGGUCCAGCUGUAACCUUCAGGGUGGGCACCAACCCUCACAAUGUCAGCACUGCCGAUGUGGCUCACAUUGCAGUUCAGCAGAAGAAGCAGCUGGAGAAGGAGACAGGUGUGAAGAUCCUGGAGGCUGGAGUCAGCGAUAAGGGAAGCUUGAGGCAGAUCCCGGUGGUCACGGAGAGUCGUCUGGAGUCUGGUCAGUUCCUGGUCUUGACCGUCAUCUCCAUGGUCCUGAUCAUGGGGGCGCUGGCAGCGUCUGGCUGGCUCUUCUGCCUGCGCCACCGCUCCCACCUCCAAAUGAAGGAGAAACUAGCCAGCCUGGGGACUGACACCAGUGCUGAUGCAACGUCAACCUAUCAGGAGUUGUGUCGCCAGCGGAUGGCUGUGCGGACAUCGGAGCGCCCGGAGCCUCUACGGCACCACUCGCGGCUGAACAGCGCGUCGUCUCAGUUCAGCGAUGGGGGGCCCAUGGCCAGCCCCUCUGCCCGUAGCUCCACCUCAUCCUGGUGCGAGGAGCCUGUCCUCGCCAACAUGGACAUCUCCACCGGACACAUGAUACUGUCGUACAUGGAGGACCACUUGAAGAACAAGAACCGUCUGGAGAAGGAGUGGGAGGCGAUGUGUGGCUACCUGGCUGAGCCCGGCGCCUGUAACGUGGGCCAGGACAAACACAACACCAAGAGGAACCUCACCGACGCCGUGGUCGUCUAUGAUCAUUCCAGAAUAACCUUGAAGGCCGAGAAUAACCAUGGCAACUCCGAUUACAUCAAUGCUAGCCCAAUUAUGGACCAUGACCCGAGGAACCCCAUGUACAUCUCUUCACAAGGCCCUCUACCCUCCACCGUGGCUGACUUCUGGCAGAUGGUGUGGGAGAAUGGCUGUGUGGUCAUCGUCAUGCUAACGCCCCUGUCGGAAAAUGGAGUCAAACAGUGUCAACAGUACUGGCCGGACGAGGGCUUCAAUGUCUACCAUGUUUAUGAGGUGAACCUGGUAUCAGAACACAUCUGGUGUGAGGACUUCCUGGUCAGGAGUUUCUACCUGAAGAACCUGCAGACCAACGAGACGCGCACCGUCACGCAGUUCCACUUCCUUUCCUGGGUGGACCGCAGCAUCCCUGACUCAGCCAGGAUCAUGCUGGACUUCCGUAGAAAGGUUAACAAGUGCUACCGGGGUCGGUCUUGUCCAAUAAUUGUCCACUGCAGUGACGGAGCUGGCAGAAGCGGAACGUACAUUCUGAUUGACAUGGUCCUCAAUAGGAUGGCUAAAGGUGCUAAAGAGAUUGAUAUUGCCGCUACCCUGGAGCACUUGAGAGACCAAAGACCCGGCAUGGUCCAGACAAAGGAGCAGUUUGAGUUUGCGCUGACAGCCGUGGCGGAGGAGGUGAAUGCCAUCCUAAAAGCACUUCCACAGUGAAACCCGGCACCGCACCAUGCCAUGUCUCGCUGUCUAAACACAAGUUCCUCUGCCCACUCAAGACUGACAUCUUGUCCAUGUCCCAAAUGGCACCCUAUUCCCUACUUAUGGGGCAAAAACAUUUUUUUUUUUUUUACUAGGGCCUAUAAUAGGGUGCCAUUUGGGACAUAUACCUCUUCUCCUGCUUUCUCUCUCCUCUGAUUCUCUCUCUCGCUCUCAAUCUCUCUCUUGGUGUACUUAUGAAUGUUGUGCCAGAUACUUGACCGACCUGGUCUUAACUGUGAUGUAUUCUGUUUGCAGUUGUUAUCGAACAUAUGUUUUAGUGCCACUAACAGAUAGCUAGACAAGAUAAUGUGUGUUCUCUCUCUCUCUUUGUGAUCUGAAUAAUGUGUUAAACUUAGCAUCAGAUACUUGGUUAUUGAUGUGAUGUAUAUAAUAUUGUAUUCAAGGCCCAAACAUCUGUGUCCUGUAUAUAGAGAAGAUGCUUAAGAAAAUGAUGUCGAAGCGAUCUUUACUAUUUAAGUUCUGAACCAUAUACUAUGACCCCGUUCAAAUACAGUUGAAGUCGGAAGUUUAUAUACACCUUAGCCAAAUACAUUUAAACAGUUUUUCACAAUUCCUGACAUUUAAUCCUAGUAACAAUUCCCUGUCUUAUGUCAGUUAGGAUCACCACUUAAUUUUAAGAAUGUGAAAUGUCAGAAUAAUAGUAGAGAGAAUGAUUUAUUUCAGCUUUUAUUUCUUUCAUCACAUUCCCAGUGGGUCAGAAGUUUACAUACACUCAAUUAUUAUUUAAAUUGUUUAACUUGGGUCAAACUUAGCCUUCCACAAGCUUCCCACAAUAAGUUGGGUGAAUUUUGGCCCAUUCCUCCUGACAGAGCUGGUGUAACUGAGUCAGGUUUUUAGGCCUCCUUCCUUGCUGAGCGGCCUUUCAGGUUAUAUUGAUAUAGGACUCGUUUUACUGUGGAUAUAGAUACUUUUGUACCUGUUUCCUCCAGCAUCUUCACAAGGUCCUUUGCUGUUGUUCUGGGAUUGAUUUUCACUUUUUCACCAAAAUACGUUAAUCUCUAGGAGACAGACCGUGUCUCCUUUCUGAGCGGUAUGACGGCUGCGUGGUUUCAUGGUGUUUAUACUUGCGUACUAUUGUUUGUACAGAUGAACGUGGUACCUUCAGGCGUUUGGAAAUUGCUCCCAAGGUUGAACCAGACUUGUGGAGGUCUACAAUUUUUCUUUUGAGGUCUUGGCUGAUUUCUUUUGAUUUUCCCAUGAUGUCAAGCAAAGAGGCACUGAGUUUGAAGGUAGGCCUUGAAAUACAUCCACAGGUACACCUCUAAUGGACUCAAAUGAUGUCAAUUAGCCUAUCAGAAGCUUCUAAGGCCAUGACAUAAUUUUCUGGAAUUUUCCAAGCUGUUUAAAGGCACAGUCAACUUAGUGUAUGUAAACUUCUGACCCAAAGUUAAAUAAUCUGUCUGUUAACAACUGUUGUAAACAUUACUUCUGUCAUGUACAAAGUAGAUGUCCUAACCGACUUGCCAAAACUAUAGUUUGUUAACAAGAAUUUUGUGGAGUGGUUAAAAAAACAAGUUUUAAUGACUAAACUUCCGACUUCAACUGUACUUUCGAACUGCAUCCUUCCGUCCUUGAGGUAACAGAUCUGUAUAUGAUUGGAUCGGUGUAAGCAAGGUUAUCGUCCUAUUACUUCCACCAAUCCAACCAAUUCAUAUAUGUGAUUAUUUUACUGAAGGUUGGAAGGAAGUAUUUGAACAGGGCCGGUAUGUGAGGUUUAGUUGUUCUCUUGUGCAGGGAUUCUUGCAGCAGACUGUAUUCGUUUGUUUGACAUUGUUAUGUAUAUGAAUGUAAUACCGGGAAUAUUUAAGCGUCACCGAAAUAUAGUGAUUACAAAUAGAGUGAUAAAUAUAGCUAUUAACGAUAUGAUUAAGCUGAAUUAUAUUGACAUUGUUCAUUAUAUUUGUUUUGUCCUUUUAAUUGACAGAAUAUUGUGACAUGUGAAGUCCAUAGACGGGGUGUCAUAAACAGAGGGAGUCCAAUCUGGCCCAUGCGCAGUUUGGGUGGGUGGAAAUAUUUGUUUUGGGGGAGGGGGUAAAUAAACUUAAUUCAAUUUAAAAUUACUAAAACUGUGUAGAAAUUAUAAUGGACCUACACCCAUAUAGUUUCUUGACUGCGUCCAGCUAGCUAAUAAUCACCGAAAUGAAAACUAGACAGUCAGGAAGAUUAGAAAAUUCGAAAAACGAUGGACAGAGGACUAUAAAAGAAAUGUGAAAUAUAACCAAUUUUCAGUGCGGCUCUCUGGAUCUCGUUGAAAACCGAAUGCAACCCCUGGGGCAAAAUGAGUUUGACAACCAUGAUGUAUAGAAUAUAAAUGAUUGGAUCCCUGUAGUGCUAUUAAAAUGUUUACUGAACUCUUCAAUGAAAACCAUAUACUUUGUGUGGAAAUAAAAAUGAUAUCAGAUUGAAAAUAAACCAUAGAACGGUU